AUGGCUGAUGAGAAGACCUUCCGCAUCGGCUUCAUCAUGCUGGGGCUCUUCCUGCUGGCCCUCGGCACGUUCCUCAUGAGCCACGACCGGCCCCAGGUCUACGGCACCUUCUACGCCGUGGGCGGCGUCAUGGUGAUCGGGGGUGUCAUCUGGAGCAUGUGCCAGUGCUACCCCAAGAUCACCUUCGUACCCGCUGACUCUGACUUCCAAGGCAUCCUGUCACCGAAGGCGCUGGGCCUGCUGGAAAACGGGCUCACUGCUGAGAUGAAGACGCCCAGUCCCCAGACCCCCUACGUCAGGCUGUGGGAGGAAGCCGCCUACGACCAGAGCCUGCCGGACUUCAGCCACAUGCAGAUGAAGGUCAUGGGCUACAGUGAAGACCCCCACCCCAUCCUGGCUCCUAAGCCGGGACGGCCACAGCCAGGAGCCAGCGAUGGAGGAGAAGGUAGCCCUCGCGACCCUCAGGCCUUGUUGGAAGCCGCCGUGGUCAUCCACAGGGGCUCGGACCAGGACGAGGGAGAAAGAGACCCAAGUCAGGGCAGGCCCGGCUCCCCGACCUGUCCCCAGGGACCUGCGCCCUUGGCUUCCUUCCAAGAUGACCUGGACGUGGGCUCCAGUGAGGGCAGCAGCCUCAACCUGGCACCAUCUGAGGGGGCGGAGCCCCAGCCUGCACCCCCGGAGCCCCAGGCUUGCAGGUGCCGGCUGGACCGCUUCCAUGACUUUGCCCUCAUUGAUGCCCCAACGUUGGAGGAUGUGCCUCCAGAGAAGCAGCUACAGGUGGCAGCCCUGCCCAGCUCCUGGCAGAGACCCCCAAGGACAAAGCAGGAGGAAGAGGAGGCUUCGGACGCAGGUACAGAGGACCUGGAACAGGAAGAGGAAGACUUGUACUACGGGCUUCCCGACAGCCCUGGGGACCCCCUUCCGGACAAGGAACUGGGCUUUGAGCCCGACGCCCAGGGCUGA